AUGGAGGCCAAGUCUUGGAGGUGCAGUACGUGCCACCAACAGAACAAGUUGUCACAAAACUAUUGUGGCAAGUGCGGACAUCACUGGCAGGAGGCCAUUGGGGCCACGGCCAGUUAUUGGACGCCUCAGACACCCGCCCCGUGGAGAGGAGACAGAGUAGACAACACGGGACGACACGGAGCUUCCCCGCGGCGCAGGGCACCGAAGUCACCCCGGCGCCCAGGCAAAGGAGCUGGACAGCACGUGACAGAGUCGGUUGCGGGGCCGGCAAAAGGCAAGAGCAAGAUGACAGGAAAGGGUGCGGUCGAGGAAGCCAAGCAGCCACCGUCACUUGCAGCACUGCCCGAGCCGCCAACGACGACCAUAGCAGUGCCGCCAAGAAGCGGGCUACCAGCAACACCGCCAACCAGCAGUACGACCUCGGAGCGCAAGCUGUUGGAGGCACUGGUGGCGCACAUGGGCCCCACCACGGAGCUACCGCCAGAGUUGGCUCAGCAGUUAGAGCACUACCGUGUCGAAGACGAGAAAGCGCAGAGCCGCGAGCUACACAGAAUCGUGGCCAGGCAAGCAGAAGCGAAGCGGGAGCUUGGCAAACUGCGCACAGAAAGAGCCACCUUCUGUACAGGAUGGAACCAGUACAUACAGGACCUUCUGGGGUUGGUGGCGCAACAGACGGAAGAACGUGCACAAGCCCUACAGGCCUACGACGCUGCCGAAGAGAAAUGGACGCAACGCUUUGUGGAAACUUCGAAGCAGCUUGCCAGACUUGCUGCCAACAAGGCAGCGCCGGAUGGUGUGAUAGACCUCGAAACCGAAGAGGACGCCAUGGAAGUAUCAGAAGCAGCUGUGGCAGAUGCAGCAGAAGAGGAAUCCAAACGCAUUGCCGCCAGGGAGGCGCGGCAAACGGCGCUGGAGAAGCAACAAGCGACUCUGGUGCAGGCCCUUCAUGCUGCCAAGGAAAUUACAGCUGGCGCGGAAAGGGAAAGGCAUGCUCCUCCAGAUGGUGGGAAAUCAUCUGUUGAGUACGAGAAGCUGAGACGCGUGGCCACUCCACGGCACUCAGUUUGUGACGAGGACAACUAUGUGCACCCUGCGAGAGCAGAGACCAUAGCUUUGGUCCUCUCCUACCAGGUCAAGUUCCAGGACAUUGGUUUUGACUUGACAGAAUUUGCAGACCCCAGGUGUCCCGAGGAAGACGCCGUUGCGGGCAGUGCAGAAUGCAGUCCAGUGAACCGGAGCUCGGUGCAUCCGGAGGCAACGGAGAUCGCCUGUAGAUCCUUUCAUGAUGGGGCCUGUGUUGAUCCGGGAUUGAUCUUCGUUGAAAUCGGAUGCCAGGGGACGAACGGUUUGCCGGGUCAUGAUGUUGGAGUUUACCAGAAGCAGCAUCACUUCCCUCUUCAAGUCCUUUUUGUUGAACAGGUUAACAGGGUUGUUAAGGAGUGGGACUCCAUUGCACAGCGUGAAAACGGCCUAUCCGUCGAGGUGCAUCACGCAGACAACCAGCCACCCAGCACAGAUGCAUCAGGUCUCCAGGCGCAUCAGGCGGCAGGAGUACACCCCGACAUGAUUUGGACUGUGUCCCAGGGCAUCAACAUCUCAGACUACUGCCAGGGUAAAUGGCGUUGGGUAGGCUACUUAACUGGUGAGCUCACUGACGAAAUAUGGGGCCCUGGGGAAAGAUCAGCUUUUCAGCCUGAACUCUGCGCGCAUCUGGUCGCGCAGACCACAGCCAUCGCGGCGGGCGUGCCAUUCACCUUGACUUAUGACUCGACGUCAGCAGCUGACUGUGCCUGUGCCCUCUCUGCCUGCCGCGCAGACUACGCCCUCACUGAGGCCAUGGUCACUACUUUUGCCAUGCUGACAUCUACAGGUCAGGUCAGAGGCUACCAGCACACAAAGAGCCACCAAGGUCACCCAGGCAACGAGCUAGUUGACUCCCUUGCCACGGCAUGCCUGGCUGAGGUGCUGCCCCCAGAAGGCAGCUUGGUCCCAUUCCUCUUCACUGCCAUUCACUGCCCCGAGUUUUCCUGGCUUUGGCUGUCAACCGUGCACCAUUACAGCAGCUGGCCAACCAUUGGCCCAGAUGGGAUCACGGAGCCCAGCCAACCGCAAGGCUUAUGUAUGCAUGUUGCAUCACCGAGCAGAUGGGCGCCUGCUGACACCAGCACAAUUGAGCCGCAGCAGUUUCGCCUCGACGUGUGCAUUGCAUCCUACAACGCCAUGACCCUGGCUUCUGCGUUGCAACGUCAAUGUGUGCACCACGCCAUGAAAAGUUUAAAAAUCGGGGUAUUGGGCCUGCAAGAGACUCGAGAAGACACCGAGCCAUUGGUGGUUAGGCAGGGAGUUUGGAGGUUUGCUAGCAAGGGUGAGCAUGGGCAACUAGGUUGCCAACUGUGGGUUGACUCCACUCGGCCCGCUGGAUUCACCGCUUCGGGCGACAGUGUUCCAUGGCAGCUUGACACCUUCGCCGCGCGUUUCAUGCACCCACGUCUCCUCCUCAUCUCUGGCCAAUUUGGCAGCAUCAAGUGUUUGUUUAUAGUCGGCCACGCUCCGACCUCUACGUCCCCGGACGAGGUCAUCAAUGCGUGGUGGGACUUGCUGCGUGAGCAGGUCAACCGCCACAUUGCGGGACACGUGCCACUGUUCAUGCUUGACGCGAACGCACGCUUCGACAAAUCGGAGGAGCCGACCGGACUAAACGCUCACCGUCUGGCCGCUUGCCUCGAGGCCUGGCAUCUUGUGCGAACACCUGCCUGGGACAACGGACACGCCAUCACCACGUGGCGGUCACCGAACGGCAAGCAGGCGUGUCUUGACUACGUCUGUGUGCCGGCGGACUGGCAGGUUGGACUCAACCGCCCCAGCACGCACGACAUUUUAGAUGUUAAUGCCGGUAUUGACCACAAACUACUAAAGGUUUCUGUAGCGGCCAGCUUAAUUGUCGCGCGCAAAGCUCGGUUGUCCAGACUGGAUGUUGAGGCCAUCCACUCGCCUGCUGGGCGCAUUGAAUUGCAGCGCAUCCUCAACCAGGCACCACAGGUUCCAUGGGAGGUCGAUGUAGAUGACCAUCUGCAUGUGCUCAACUGCUACCUUAACAGUGCCAUCGCGCAAUCUUUCGUGCGGCCGCGAGCGGCCGCCCGCUCGCCGGUCCUGUCACAUCACACCGUGACCUGCCUUCAACAGCGAAGAGCUGCCCGUUUCGUGCACCGAUGUCGUAGGCAAAGGCUGGAAAGGCUACAGGCAUACAUCUACUUCAUGGCUUGGCGAGAAGCAUGUGGCCACGGCCAAAGCAGGCAGCUGCAACACGCAAGCGCCCGCCAGCAACGGCGCAACCUGCAAAAAAAGCUUGCUGAGCAUUUCCUGCGCAUGCGUGAGCUCAACAAGGAGCUAAAACGAACCCAUCAGAGGGACCAGGCCGUUUUCGCUCGACAGAUGUAUCAAGACGCUAGGGCCAAAGGGCCGCGCCAUUUGGCACAUGUCCUGCGUGCUGUGCUACGCACCGGAAGACGCUACAAAGCACCGCGGAUGGCGCCCGUUCUCGAGAUAGACGGGCAGAUGGAGCAAGACGCUGCUCGAGUCGCCCUGGCAUUCGGGGACCACUUCGCCAAGGCAGAAAGGGCAACUUCGCGCCAGCUCCAAGAGGUCUUGCUGGAAAAGCGGGCCCAGGCCAGGCCUGCUGAAGAGGUCGACCUCCACUCGGCCCCUACUCUUGCCCAGCUCACACGUGCGUUUGCUUCCAUGCCCGCGCGUCGGGCACCCGGCCUCUCUACUUUGCCCCCCGACAUUUACUGCCGAGCGCCUUUGCAAAUGGCCCUCGCACAUAUGCCACUCAUGCUAAAACUUGCAGCCCGGGACGUCGCCCCCAUGUUGUGGUCCGGCAGCAUUGCCAUUCCAAUGGCUAAGCCCAACAAAGCCCACCAUGAGCCCGCUGGAUUCCGUAGCAUCUCCCUUUUUGAGAUUUCCUCGAAAGCUGUAGCUAGAUCCCUCAGACCAGAGCUCAGCAAAGGGCUCGAGGCAAUCACUUUGGAGGGCACUGCGGGCGCUAGAACCGGCAUUGCGCUGGGCGUCCCAGCACUUGUCACGCAGACGCACCUGCAGCGGUUGCACCGUUCUGCAACAAGCGGAGCAGUAGUGUUUGUGGACGGUGCCAGCGCCUUUUACAGCACUCUCCGAGAGUACCUUCUUCGAACUGACGUGCAAAAUGCUGAGGCGUGGCUCGACGACAUGCCCAUAAGCCUGGAGCUACGUCUGAGAAUAGGCAGAGUGCUGAGAUCCGGCAGCCUCAUGAAGGAAAUUGGGCUUCCUGAAACCACUCAACGAAUGCUGGAGGCCCUAAUGCGCGGCACAUGGUUCACCGUCAAUGCCGAGGACACCUCGGUGAGGGCCACGCUAGCAGGCACAUCGCCCGGUAGCCCAGUCGCCGACAGUCUAUUCCAACUAAUUUUCGUUCUCUCGCUUCGUGGCAUCUCUGAACACCUUGCUGCUAUGGGCAUAGGGGCCCAAAUCCACGUACCUGGCCACGUGGAGGACACCCCGCUCAUACCCACGUGGAUGGACGACAUAGCUGUCCUCAUCCAGGUCACCCGUGCCAACGAGCUGAUACGGGCGGUCAGUGCCACAUCAGCGGUAGUAAAACAGCAGUUGGCCAUCAUCGGGGUCAACAUUAACCUUCAGCGCGGCAAAACAGAAGCCAUGCUCGUGUUCAAGGGGCCACAGGCAAAAGCUGAGAGACACCGUCUCUGGAUAGAGGACAAUGGUGUCAUACCCUUCAAAGUGCCGGGCGAGAUGGAUAGCCACAUAUGCUGCACCGACCAGUACGUGCACUUGGGCUCCCUUCGUACGUGCAGCGCCGCCGACUGGAAAGACAUCGACAGAAGGGCAAAGCUGGCGGAGCCAACCUUCGUCAAGGUCAGGGCGCAUAUCCUGCGCAACCACAACCUGACGUGGGACGAGCGCAAAGGCCUUUUGAUCUCCCUUGUCCUCAGAAAGUUCAUGCAUGGUGCCAAUACCUGGACACUAAAGACGCAGAGGGAAAGGGCCAAGUACGAAUCGUCCUACAUGUCAUUUGUCAGGCGAGCGAUGCGGCCCAUGACAGGGCUAUCAACAAAAUUAUUGUCGGACGAGCAAGUGUGUGACUACCUACAGGUCCUGCAGCCGCUGCAGGCCUUGGCAGUCGAGCGGGUGCGCCUGCUGUUGCAGAUAGCCCACGCUGGCCCCAGACAAUUGCAACUGGCUUUGGUUGCUGCGCAGGCUUGGAUCGUUGCAGCAUGGCAUGAUCUGCAGCUGAUCGGACGCCUUGUCGGAGAGAACGUGCCUGAAUGUCCCAUGGAGACGCCGUCUUGCAUGAAGGCCUGGAAUGACAUUUGGAAAACACCAGCGGCCACGGCGCGCUUUCUCCGCCAGGCCCGCGGCAAAUGGUUGCAGAUAGCUGGGGUUGCAAGGCCCGCCGUCAAGGCAAAGGCAGAGGCGAUUCGCGGCAUUGAUGAGACACCGGCGUUUUUAAUUAAACUUCGGGGUGAUCAGAGCAGCCAACCUUUUGCCUGUCAGAUUUGCUCACGCAGCUUCUCCAAGGCAUGCGCACUGGCCUCGCACAUGGCCAAGACCCACCAGCAACCAGCGCUGGCGACCCGAAUAAGAGUAGGGUCCACCUGCGAGGUGUGCCAGCGACAAUACUGGACAUCCAAGCGUCUGAGAGAGCAUCUUAGGCAUUCGCUCCGCUGUUGCCGCAUCUAUCAUCAAGCCGACAUGGCUUCAGACCUGGCUGACAAGCCAGACAACGCGCACCUGCCUCAGACGAGGCUGAUAGGCCCGCAGCCAUGGUGGGCCACGCAGGCACCAGACAAGUCUCCCACUCCGCCCGAUGUCGCUCUGGCAAGCCCCUGUGCCAACAGUGUACAGCAGUUGGCCAUGUUGGGCAUGAUCGUGUUUGACCCAGUACAGCAGGGUCGACAGUUUGCUUCCUUACAGCAAGGCAAGUGCAAGGCCGUUUGCACAGGGCAGCACUUACUAGUUGGGGAAGCAGCUGACCUCACACUCGAGAGGCGCACCGUACUCCCGCUCGUUGAUGGCCAGGGCCCUUUCCAGGAGCUCCUUCUGCUUGUUGAUGUUGCCCAGUCGGUCGUGGUCACGCUCGGCGACGGCGUUGCCGCACAACCCGUACCUCACUUGUCCGAGGUGUACAUUAUUUGCAGUACUGCUACGGAGUUGGGGUACUGA